AUGGAUUUUAAUACAAUGGAUUAUCUCGACCAAUUCCCAGCACUUAUUCCAUUGCAUAUAACAGACAUUUCGUUGGAUGAUACGACAAUUUUUAUCAAUGAUGAUAAAGUUGUUGUGGGCAUUAUCAAUGACAAAAUCGAGGUUCGGUCCCAAGGAAAAGUCAUUGGCCAUUUGGAAUUUUCCGAAGAAAACUUGAAUUUGCUAACAACCCUUUUUAUCAAAUCCGGGCAGAAAGUGGAGACGUUUAUUGCAAUGAAACCAAAUCUACUGAAACAUCUUCCACCAAUUGAAGUAACAAUGUCCCUUGUGAUUCGUGAUGUAGAGGAUGAAGAGUCGUGGGAUUUCCUUAGAAAAUGUUCUGGAAAACCAGUGUUCUUGAACUAUCGGUGUGCGAUUUCCGAAAAGCUAUGGGAAGUCCCAAUUAUUGCCAAUAGUCUGGGUAUCACUCUGUAUGGUCCGGUGCCGUUUGAUGUGCUCAGAUCUCUGAAGAACGUAUACGUCUAUCUCAAAUGCUAUACACCACCAGUGGCGGAUCUCAAAAGACUCUAUGAGCAUUGGAAAGCCACUUCACAUGAGCAACGGGCUAUUGGCUUUGAGAUCAACUUGAAGACCUUUGAGGACUACAAGACAAAUAUCAAAACGUGGGCCCCACACAGCUACCAUAAGCCGCAAUUCGGGUUCCCACCAAGCAAAGUGUUCUGUGUGGAUUUCCAUUCUGACAAACAGAUUGUUUUCACGGAGGAGAAUGUGAAAGCAAAUGGGGAUGCACUAGUUAUCAUGUGCAUUGAUGAUAAGACAAUGAUGGAUACGGUAGUGGAGAUGUUCGGGAAGCUUCAAGGAUUCGUGGCAAAUUUGAGAGGGGACAAGAAGACGUUAUCUAAAUGA